AUGGGGGGGCUGCGGCUGCUGGCAGUGGCCCUCACGUGCUGCUGGUGGCCCCCGGGCAGCCAGGCGAAGACCGUGCGGGGCCAGUUCAGCACGGCUGCGGCCCGAGACGCCCGUGGGCAGAGCUGCGGUCACUUCGAGUUCCACGGUGACCAUGCUCUGCUGUGUGUUAGAAUCAACAACAUAGCCGCAGCUAUUGGAAAAGACGCUAAACUCUACCUGUUUCCAGCUCCGGAAUGGCUAAAGCUGCAGGAAAGUGGGCAUGGUUAUAGUUGUAGCGAAACGCUAUCUAAAGCUCAGUUGACAAUGAAUUUGAAUCAGACUGAAUAUAAUCUGACAGUGUCCCAGACGCCGUAUGCACAAGCCUGGCAUGUGUUUUAUGCAGACAAGUAUACAUGCACAGAGGACUAUGAGAAUUCACAGGUGGAAGAUAUCCAGUUUGAAAUGAUGCUACUAAAUCCAGAUGCCGAAGGGAAUCCACUUGAUCACUUUAGCGCUGGAGAAUCUGGGCUACAUGAGUUCUUUUUCCUCCUCGUCCUAGUAUACUUUGUGAUUGCUUGCAUUUAUGCUCAGUCACUGUGGCAGGCUAUUAAGAAAGGAGGACCCAUGCACAUGAUUUUGAAAGUUCUGACAACUGCAUUGCUGUUACAAGCUGGUUCAGCUUUAGCUAAUUACAUUCACUUCUCCAGGUACUCCAAAGAUGGAAUAGGGGUGCCUUUCAUGGGGAGUUUGGCAGAAUUUUUUGACAUCGCUUCCCAAGUUCAAAUGCUGUAUCUUCUUCUGAGCCUGUGCAUGGGCUGGACAAUCGUCCGAAUGAAGAAGUCACAGAGCAGACCUCUCCAGUGGGAUUCCACUCCUGUGUCCACAGGCGUUGCUGUGGUCAUAGUCAUAACUCAGAGUAUCUUGCUACUUUGGGAGCAGUUUGAAGAUAUCAGUCAUCACAGCUACCAUGCACAUCACAACUUAGCGGGGAUCCUUCUAAUCCUCUUAAGAAUGUGCCUCGCAUUGUCGUUAGGCUGUGGACUCUACCAGAUCAUCGCAGUGGAGAGGAGUACGCUCAAACGGGAGUUCUACAUCACAUUUGCCAAAGGCUGCAUCUUGUGGUUUUUAUGUCACCCCGGACUUGCUUGCAUUUCUCUUAUUUUUAGUGACUACCAAAGAGAUAAGGUCAUCACAAUAGGUGCCAUCCUUUGCCAGUCUGUUGCCAUGGUGGUUCUGUACAGACUCUUUCUCUCCCACAGUCUAUACUGGGAAGUUUCUUCGCUGUCCUCAGUAACACUACCACUAACCAUAUCAUCGGGACACAAAAGUCGGCCUCAUUUCUGAUACUUGAUUUUGUUUAAAGGAAAAGUGGAUUGGUUCGACCCAGUGCAAUACAGAUCCAAAUACAAUGACUUUUUGUUGUUGCUUUUUCGUACAUUGGUAUGACAACCGAACGAAAAGCAGAGCAUGUGGUUUCUAUGACUGCACUUAAGCAGUACCCGAAACAAAGGUAAUAAAUGAAAUGUUGUGAAAUGUACUUGAACAAUAAACUUGCAAGAAAGAGUGUCGUUAUAAGGUGACUUAGAGCAAUUUCCCUGUGGAAAAGAGAAGAAAAGGGUAAAAGAAAUUGUCUGCUAUUUUAGUAAAAUAGUCUCCACUUGUAAUGCCUCAUCUUGUAUCAAUCAAAAGGUAGCUAACUCAGGUUUGGUAGUUUUAUUGAAAAGUAAUCAUUUGAAUGAUUGCUUAUGUAUAUCAGAACUGUCCAGUUAUGAAAUCAGUGUACUAAACUGAUUAAAAGCUGUUUUGUUUUGUUUUUAUGUUGGAUGGAAAUAUAUUUUAUGUUGGAGUUUUAAAAGAAAUUGAAAAUGAGGUAAGUUCAGCAAAUGAACAUAAAAUGUUCACAGAUAAUGAACAAAUAAACCUUUUGUUUAUUUGUGGGAAGGGUUAUUUUCUAAUUUUAAAGUCAUUUUUGGUUUUAAUUGAAGUUUUUAGCUUGAUUAACAAAGGGUUUCCAUAAUUUGUACAAAAUAAAGCUUGAUACCUUACUUGAGAGGUUUAAGAAUGAACGAUUUAAAAAUGUGAACUCUUAGGUUGAAGGCGCAAGCUGGUUUGCAUGCUAAAAAAAAGGAGAUAGUACUAGGUGGUGUGGUACUAAAAUUUUAAUCCUGAUAUAAUUCAUUUCUCUAACAUUGAAUCCCUAAUCAUAAUUAAGCCGUAUACACAGAUUAAAUUAACAGAAGCAUUUCAUAUAAACGUUGGUUUCAGUCAUCAACUAGCCAUGAAUUCCUGCCCAAGGAUACUUAAUCAGGAUUAAAUUUUCUAUGAAUAAUUGAAAAACAAAAUACUCACUGGAUUUGUUAUAAUCUGUGUUGGCACUGGAUUCUACAAGUAGUUGCCAUCUUGAAUCCCUUGUAAUAGAGCCAUAUUUCAUGGGUAUGUGUGGGUGUGUUGCCCCCGAAUUGAAUAUGCUAGCUAAAAAACACUUGAUCAGAUGUCUGUUUAAAGAAUACUAAGUGCUGUCAAAACCUGUAUCCAACAGGUAUUCCCGUUAGCAGUCACUGAUUGGAAUUUAGUCCAUUUUUGUUUGCCAAAUUUGUUCAGGCUCUUUCUUUCAUGUUUACCUCUGGUUUAUUACUUUUUUUUAAUGCUAUCACUUCCAAAAGUAUUGCAUUUUGAGGCAAGGACUGGGGCGCUGGCCAGGUAAACUUUUUCAUUAAAUAUUUAAACAAGUGUAGCACAGGUUAAAAACUAUUUAUGGCUUGUCUUUAUGUCUUUUUCUUGUGUCUAGUCUUCAUUUCAGUGAAUACUAUUCUGUUUCAUUUUGCAGGCAAGUAUACGAGGCAUCCAAAAGGUUUGUGGAACAAUUCCAUUAUCUGAGAAUUCCACUUUUCCACUAACUUUUUGAAGCCCCUUGCAUGCGUUCUUCGUGUUUAGCAAAACAGCGGAGACAAAGUUCAGCCUACUCAUUAGGCCCUCUCCCUAGCAGUUCUUUGUAAGUCAUUUAAUAAGUGAGGGCUACAGGCUGAGAUUGGAACGUCUAACUUAUAUUUGGGGUUAAGCUCUAAGUGGCCAUAUAAUCUCUUUCUUUUAUCACAUCUCACUAAUAAUCGCCGUUAUUAUCUGUUGUAUUCAGCUGAGGUGCACUUAAUUAGGCUAAGAAAAAAGAGUAAAGGGUUUUCAUAUGUUUUGUGAACUUGCAACAAUGAGAGGAGAAUAAUCUUUUUGUUCAUCCACAAAGCGCAUAGGAACUCUGCAUUCUGUGUAUCAAAAAUUUAUUGCCAUGAAGAUUUUAACAGAUUUUUCUUAACCUUAAUUUUAAAUUUAUGGUGGGUUUGCUGAAAAUUAAUUUUGUUAUUCACGAGCCAUUGUUAAAUGAAGGAAACUAAUUGUAAAUAAAUAUAUAAGCAUCAAAAGUUAGAAUUUUUAAGUUUGACACAAUUCACUCUUUCUGAAUGGUUAUAUGAAGAUUUUUACCCCCAGGUUAAAGAAAUAUAAGUGUGUACUACAAACUCUAAAUUAAAGAUCAAGCAUAUUUCUACUUUU